CUCUUCGUCCCCUCCACCUUUCUUUUCACCCCCAAGGCCUGAGCUCCCUCCCCCCUCCUCGCCUCCUCCUCCCCUUGCCUAGUCUGUAUCUGUUCGACUGCCAGUAUCCGUACUCCUCCUCCUUCUUCUACUACUACUACUCCUACCCACCCCGAACAACUCCAGAGUGGAAUCUUGAAUUUCCUCCCCUCCCCUCCCGUCAAAUCCACUACCUACCGUAGGAAGAUAACCUCCUCCUCUACCCAUCUGUUGCGAUUACGCAAACCACCACUUCCUCCCUCCACCACAAACCACAGCCUCUACUACUCGCCUCUCGACAAGAUCUAACAAGGAGCUUGUUGUGAAGUACACAAAACAUUGCUUGUUGCCAUUGACAAUUUCACCUUUGCCUAGGUAGAGAGCACGCUCUCGAAGCUCUCUUAACUUCUCACCUCGCCUGAACAGGGCGUACAUAUCAGAUACCAUCUGUUUAACCCGCAAAGUCGAUCUCGACUGAGCACAACUUCCCUUUCCCCCUCUUAGCCCGGCAGCUCUGCUUGCGCUGCGUGAGUUUCGGACCCAUAGGUUCCCUUUGACAAUAACCGACCGACGACAAUCCCUUCCGGACUCGACCUUGCGACACAAUGCUGUCCAAUAACCCCCCUACCAGCCAUCUUCAUGCCCGUCACAGAGCGCAUCGACGCCAAAAUUCGACUCCGACGGCAUUUGAUGCAGUGAAGAUCCAGCCCUUGCCCCAAAAUGUCCAGCGUCAACGAGCUCUCGGCCACCGCCGCGGCCUCAGCCUGGACACAAGACGGCAGGACUUUGCUACGGUAAGUAUGACUACUAACAACACAGGACUAGCACAACCGCAGCAUGUACUGCGAGAAGCGCAGCAGCAACGCAUCCAAGCACGCCCGGGCCCCCGCCAGCAGGCACACCUUCGACAACACUCACAACAACAAAUUCACCAACACCAGCAGAUGUUCAUGGCCGCCGGCGACCAUGAAAACUACCUCGUGUCCCCCCAUGGCACCCCCCACGCUCAGCGCUUCGAUGCUUCAGGCUUCGAUUCAUCCCCCAUACAGUACAGCCAGUAUGGCAGCCAGAUGAACGGCGUCGUGGCCAAGAAUCAACAGCCCUUUACAGGCACCAUGGGAGGAGGCAGCAAGGACUUUGAGCUCUUUGCAUCCGACAGCGCCCUCUCGACCCCGUCUUUCAUGAACUUUGGCGACACUCCCGGAACCCCCCAGGGCUGGAUCUCUGAGGGCGAAACCGCCAGCACAAGGCGCUCUUCGAGGAGGAUCAGCAACGGCAUCAUGGACAGAGUCGCCAAGUUCGAGACCAUGGGCAUGGAGAUGCAACGACCCAUGACACCACCUCAUCAGGAUGCAACAAACUACUUCCCCCCUACACCAAUGGAGACCCCCCAUGACAGGGCCGUGAAGCACGAGCCCAUGUCUACAAGGCCAACUCGCUUCGCCGAGGGCUAUGAUGAGUCCAUGGAGGAGACGCUGAAGCCUGUCAGACGGACGAACCAGCGCGCCCAGAAUAUCUUUGAGGACUUGCGGAGACAGUCUGAGCAGAACGUCCUCCCCGGAUCUCAGGAGGCUUCUCAAAUACCCGAUGGCGUUUACGACCACGUGGUGCCCACGCCGGACUUCAUGAACAUGAAUAACUUCAACAACGAAUUCCUGAAGAUCCAGGGUGGUUAUGAAGGCCUCUCCGAUGAUGUCCAGGUUCACUCCGACAUGUCUCAACAGUCAACUCCCCACACGCCUCUCAUGAACUUCCACAGCGUAUUCGACAACAGGCCCGAUCUCCACCACCCCAACAUGACAAUUGGUUCUGUCUCUCCUAGCAGAUCCUUCGACGACAGGUCCUUUGACGACAGAUCCUUUGACGAUUCCCGCCGCUCCUCGCCCCACCGUCGUACCGAGUCCCUCGCCAGCAUCGCUAGCGCCGCCAGCAUCGCGAGCAUCAACAUUGAGGAAACCAAGACCGAGACCGGCGUCACACUCGACGAAAUCGCAAUGUACAUUUCAGGACCGGACCCCAUUGACAGCAAGUGGACUUGCGUGUACGAGGACUGCGGCAAGAAGUUUGGGCGCAAGGAAAACAUCAAGUCCCAUGUCCAGACGCAUCUCAACGAUCGACAGUACCAGUGCCCUACUUGCAAGAAGUGCUUCGUUCGCCAGCACGACUUGAAGCGCCAUGCCAAGAUCCACACCGGUAUCAAGCCCUACCCUUGCGAAUGCGGCAAUAGCUUCGCCCGGCACGACGCCCUCACCCGCCAUCGUCAGCGCGGCAUGUGCAUUGGAGCGUUCGAUGGCAUUGUGAAGAAGGUCGUCAAGCGUGGUCGCCCCCGCAAGCACCGUCCCGAGAUGGACGAGCGCGUCAACAAGUCGGCUCGCACGAGAACCAAGAACCAGUCCACCGCCUCCACCUCGUCGCAAUCUGGUUACUCGGACAGCUCUGCAGCUAACUCGCCGGAAAACGACUACAACAUGAUGUCAGACGACCAGUUUGGAAUGGGCGGGAUCAGCAUCGAGCGACGGGGAAUUGACAUGCCUCUCCAAAUCACCACAGUUUCAUCCGCACCAAUGCCUUCAUCGCCGCCUCGGGUUCACCGGGAACUGCGGGAGUUGCACCUGCAGUCAUCCCCGGCCGCGAGCCACAAUUCCGGAUACGUGUCUCCCGAGGCCCUCAUGGAGGCACCCAUUUCGUUGCCCCAGCAACCCGAGUCACCAGCCAAGAGCGAGUACAACACCCCGCCGGAACUUUCCCAGUCAUCGUCCCCGCCGCCCAACCAAUUCUUCGACGCCGAGCCCAACCACUCGGGCUUCAGUGAUGAUUCACUGCUCGCUGGAAUGAGAGGCAACCCGGGUACUGUUGGCAACACUAGUAUCUCGACCCUGGGCCUGGGCGAAGCUGACGAUGAGCUUCUCAUGAAGGCCUUCACGACCGAGGAAGGAAUGGUCCAGUUCGACCGCGACCCGAGCAUGCUCAUGAUGAGCAAAUUUGACGAGGAAUUCGACGAUGCAGUCAACAUGUUCACCAACAACGACGACGUUUUCUUCGGCAGCUCAUAACAAAGCAGGGUAGUUGAUUUCCUUUGGCGAAAUGGUCUUGUUCAAAUGGUGCUACUAGAUGAUGUUACGGCUUCCUCAUUUCGGCAAGGUGUACAUUAUGACGCUUUACGCUUGCUUGUGCUUCAGUGUGGGCACUUCCUCUGCCGACCAUGUAAUGACGACGAUUUCUUGCGACGCACUUGCUCGCUGGACGGAUGUACAACUAUGGAGGGUAUCAAAAUGGUUCGGUUUACGGAUAAUUCGGUAUUGGCUUUUGGUUCUUCGGCGAUCAGCGGCGGUUUGGAGUUUGAUAACAGUCAUGGAAUGGGCUCGAUUUUGGCGAAGGCAACCAAGUGCGCCUUUUUGCCACGAUUGGGCCCCGGGUUACGAGAUAGAAGAGAUACGACGAAUCGAAUUUGGGAUGGAGUUCACCUUG